CCGAUGUAACAGGUUGUAUACUGUCUUAGACCAGUAAGACAGGUUCACUGUACCGGAGGCUUGUAAGCCGUACUCCAUCAUAGACUAAGUGUAUAUAAAACUUCAGUCAAGACCGAAACAGUACCGAGACCCUAGAGUAGCACUGUCACCUUACCAAAUAUCUGAAUCCAGCUAGGUCGAACAGCCCUUUCAUCGUACCAUUGACCAAGACCAGCAGAUUCUAUGUAACCUACAAGCGUCAUCUACCAGAACCCUUCAUCAAUGUUCUUCACCAUUCACAACCUUUCAAAUCUCAUCCAAGCAGUCACCCCAAACGGCAGUAAAACGUGAAGCUUUUCCAUUCUCACCAGUCGUCCAAGGCAUCAGUAAAACGUGAAGCCCUUCCAUUCCCAGCUUACCAGAAAAACGUGAAGCCCUUAAAGCCCCGCCUCACCAGUUGUCCAGAACAUCAGCAUAACGUGAAGCCCUUCCAUUCCUAGCUCACCAGAACGCCCCAGUAAUGAGUCUGCACGCCUGUCUCAUCAAGUCGAGAAAGUCUUGCUUCCAGAAACAUUAGCACCUUGCACCCUCAGCAGACUCACGAGAUGAUGCCCCAGUAGCUCACUCCCUCUGGACUAGCUCCAGAUGAAGAGGGUUCCAAGUUAGUUUACCUGGGGAUACACAAUUCCGAGGACUUCACCUGGAUAGAAGCAGUACUAGUCACGUGACAGGAGUUCAGUUCACCCAUGGCUGUGUGUUAGGACCUAGAUAAACCCAACCUUCCAACCCACCAGACACCAGACCCAACAUGUCUGCAGCCGACAUGCUCACCACCACCCUCUCCUCCGUCGUCAACAAGCUCGUCUUCAUUGUCAACGGCGCCGCCAACGACACCUCCGAGCAGCGCAGCUACGAGAACGUCUUCGACAAGUCCCUGCUCGUCCCCGGGGAUGGGCUCCUCACCACCCAGGAGUCGCCGCUCUCCGACAUCCUCCCCGACAACAAACCCCCGGACGACACGCACUCCGAGGGGGAGGGGAUCGCGGUCAUGACCAUGCUGAUCGGGUUCAGCCUUUUCGGUUGCCUCGGCAACGUGCUUGUGCUUUAUGUUUUCUCGAAGAAAAGCGACAAGGUCUCCUCGACCAUCUUCAUCCUCGCCUUAGCCUGGACCGAUUUCUUCGUCUGCCUGUUCCUCAUGCCCUACACCGUGGCGCUGGUGUACGUCAGGGACCGGCUCAGCUACGAUUUCUUCUGUAAGGCGUUUCAUUUUAUCAACACCAGCAAUGUUCCGUUGUCGGCCUUUCUGAUGGUAGCCAUCGCUGUUGACAGGUAUUUCAGCAUCUGCCACCCUUUUCUACAUGUGGUGACACCCCGGAGAGCAAAGGUGGCCAUUUCAUGCUUGGUACUGUUGGCGUUCUCGCUAGGCUCCAUUACGUCAUGCCUGUUCUCCGUGUACCGGGCCAACUGCACGGACACUGCCCAGCUGGACACUUCCGGUUCCGAUUACGUCACGGAGAUAACGAGCACCAUCGUCCCCCUCUACGAGCGAGACGGCAACCGGUCCUCAGAGGUGGCCUGUUCGAGCCUGGUGUACACGGGCAAGUGCGAGGAGAACCCGAACAUCUUCUCCUACACCUUCCUGGACGCGUUCCAAAAGAUCUACAUCUCCUUCUACAUCAUCUCCCUGCUGUCCGUGUUCACGUUGUACUUCUUCAUCUACCGCUCCGUCGUCAAGCGGCGGGCGUGGCGGCGCAAGCAGAAAUCCUGGUCCCACUCCCCCAUGACCGCCACCGGAACGAAACCCGACCAGGCGCCGCCCAAAACUCAAUACUGUGCCCAAGAUGCGGACGGGAACAACGGUGAUGGUCAGGUGAUCGAGUUGACCACGAAAUCAAACCAACCCCAUAAUCUAUCAAACGGCGAAAACGGCGACGCCACGAAAACAGCGCCUUCAGAAGCUGCCUUACCUCUGUCGAAAAGACCAACAGACAUGCUCGUCGUCGCCAACACCGACGGCGAAGACAACGGAGUCGAAACAUCCGCGCUCAGCUCAGCGGAGAAAAAAACCAUACGAGAAAGACGGGAUUUUAACUUUUUGGCCAACAUCCGAACAGCCAUUAUGCUGUUCGUUGUGGCCGUCGUUUUCAUAAUUAGCUUCCUGCCCGCGUGGCUAAUGGCCACGCGACUAAUUAGCUACCACAUCAUUAUCUUCUACACACAUUUCAUCUACAACGUCGUCAACCCUGUCAUCUACGCUUUCAUGAACCAGUCCUUCAGAAAAGAAUUGAAGCGAGUGUUUCAAAGAGACUGCCGGCACAGUCACAGAUACAAGAACAGAACCAGCAUGGAACAAGGCUUCUCCAGAACGGCCGUCAGCGUCUGCGAGACGCCAGACGAGACCAGUUCUGGACCCAGCAAGAAAAUGGCUGACCACAUCUAGAUCUUCCCGCCCGUGACGUCAGCGCAGUCGUUGAUUCCGCGCGGCUUUAAUCUGUUUGGUUGUUAUUGUUUUUGUUGUUCGUUUAUG